AUGAGCCGGCUUUUCUUCGCGUUCUUCUAUUUUUCACUUUUCGUUUCUCUUCAAUCUUGUGAAAUCAAGAAAACCAAUUUGUAUUAUACUUAUGAUAGUGAAAGUGAUAGUCUAACUGGUCAUUAUGAAAGAUCAACUUAUGAUAGUGAUUCUGGAAAUGUUACAAUUGCUACCUGGACUGAGACAAUUGAAGGACCAUUGUUGAAACCACCAACUACUACAACUACAACUACUACGACCACAACCACCACAACUCCAAGUAUUGAUUGGUCAAAGUAUUCUUGCCCUAAUGGUUGGCUACAAUUCGAACGUGAUACUUACAAGUACUGUGUUUUACCAGUUCUUUCAAAAGAUAUUAGUCAAUCUGAUGCUCAAAAUGCCUGUGGGAAGUACAACGCAGAUCUAGCAGGUUUUCGGAAUCAAAAUGAAAGGACUACAUCACAUAGUAAGUGUUCAUCUCAUGAGUUUCAUAAGGAAUCCGUUAAAACUUAUUUCAAUUUCUUCAGCCAAAUUCCUCACCAUGUUCACUCCAUAUUUCAAUAUAGAUACUUUUGCAUGGGUUGGACUAACUGCACAAUCUAGUUGUAUAAAAGUUACCGAUCCGAGCAGUUACACUUGGAUGGAUUCUCUGACAAAAGGAACUGGUGGAAUGAAGUGGGCUGCUUCUCAGCCUGAUUGUACUGGGUACUUUAAAACACCUUACUUGAAGUUAUUUUAAUGUUUAAUUUAUAGAUCUUGUGUAAGUCUCUUCCUAUCGAGUGACUACGGUCAAUUUUAUGAUGUUACAUGUUUUUCAACAACAGAAAAACCAAUUUCUGGCUAUUUUUGUGGACUUCGUGCAGGUCCAUAA